AUGGAAUGUCGUUUAUGUACUAUUUUGGACAUAAUGGAAUGCUCUAUCAAAGUAAUAGAAAAUCAGAUAAGACUUCAAGAUGAAAUUCAAAAUCGGGCAAAUAUUGAACAAAAAUUUAAGGAAGGAAGAGAGAUAAUUGACGAAAUAGAAGAAGCUAAUAUAGAAAAGCAUGGAUAUUAUAGAUAUAAUUAUCACAUAAAAUAUGCUAGUUAUUUAAAAACUAUUGGUGAAGUGGAACGCUCUAGCAGACAAAAAACUUUAGCAAAAAGAUUUGAACAGAAUGUAAAAAAUCUCGAACCUGAAGAUAUAUGCGAAGCAAAAUUAAAAUCAACUACGGUCAUCAAUGAAGUUUUUAAUCCUGGGGGGAAAUACACACAAGAAGUUGAAAAAAAAUUAGAAGAAAUUAAGGAAGGUAAUCAUAAUACUCCAAUUUCGCUUAAAGAUGAACAUAAAAAUCUAGGUGAAGAAUUAUUUAAACACAUUUUAAAAUCUAAAAGGCGCUUGUUGGCAGACCUGGAAAAUGUAAUCCAUGAAGAAAAAGCAUUUGAACUUUGGAAAAUUGCGAUUGAUUACCGUAAUGCAGCCGAAGGAAAAUGGAAUAAACUAGGAGUAUUAAAUCAAAGAGAAAUAAAUAAAUAUACUUCUGAAGAAUUAAGACGCUUCAGUGUAACUAAUGGAAAAUUAGCCUUUGAUGAAUACCGAGAAGCUUGUAAACUUGCUGAUGAAAAAAACAUUAAAAAACAAAUAAAAUUACGAGAAAACAUGGCAUUAUCAGCAAUUCGUAUGUUCCUUAUAAAAUGUUCAACACAGACACCUCAGGAUUAUAUAGAAAUAAAAAAAAUACUUGAAAAAGUUAAAGGUAAUAGUCAUACCAGCGAAACAUCUGAUAACAUUACAUUAGAAUUAGAAAAAGUAGGACAGACGAAUUCAUUUUACGGUAAACUUUGUUAUCAGCAUUCAAUUGAUAAAGAUAUAGAAAAAAUAAUUUCUGAAUUAAUGCUUAAACCAGAUCGUAGUUUGAUUCAAUGUAAAUCAUCUCCAUUAAUCGAAUCAACAUUAUAUUAUAUCAUUUGUUCACUUUCUCCACUAAUAGCGAUUAUCAUGGACUGUUGGAAUGAGCCAACUUAUGACAGUAUCUUAAGGUUAAACAAACCUGGAAGCGUUAUUGAUCCUACAAAAAUAAUCAAGAUAUGUAGAGAGCAUUAUAUUAAAUCAGACUGUAUUGCUUAUUUAUUAAAUUCGAUUGGAGAAGUCUUGAUAAGUCAGAAAAUACAAAUUGAUGGAAAAAAUGCAAAUGAUUUGAAAGUUUUUGCAAAGAGUGUUUUUCAUGGAGUAUUGGAUGAAGACCUUGUGAAGGAUUCUGAGAAGCUAGAUUAUCGUAUCCGUGAAUUGCGAAAAAAAGAAUAUCAUUUUUCCCAAAAUUUUUAUUUCCGCGGUUUCAUGAAAACACAAUAUAAAUCUUUCACAGAAGAUGCAGAAAAUGCUCGGAAAAUGCCCUUUGUUUCAAGGUUGGAAGAAAUUCGUAAUAUUGCAAGGAUUAAUUUUGCAACUCUUGACAUGCUAAAUCCUAGUUCAGAAGCAACUGAACAAACCGUCAAAACUAUUAAUGAAAUCAGGAAGUCAAUAUACUGUAAUUAUCAAUUUAUUGGUACUACUAAAUUGCGCUUAGAAACCUUGAAAGAUUUCCUAUGGGUUAUUAAUGGUAAAGAAACAUCUGAAGAGAUGCCUGAGGAAUUUCCUGAAGAAUCAACUGAUUCAACUCCAUUCAAAAACGCAGAUACUAAAUAUAUUGUUUAUUUGAAUGAACAGCUGGAACAAACAUCUUCUCAAUCAGAAAGAAUAAAAAUAUACAAAAAUAUGGCAAUUUAUUUUGAGCAUUUGGCCGAAAUAGAUUGGAAAGUUAAUAAAUUAAACAGCUUACGUCACUGGAAUAGUGCUCAAAAGAAUUAUGAGAAUACACGUGAAAUAGAUCCUGAAAAUCUUGUUUCUGCACUUGGUUAUACCAAAUGUUUAUUAAAAUACAUUGCUUAUUAUAAGCAAGUUAAUUAUGAAAAAUCGAAUGGAUGUAUUAUUGAAGCGUUGAGAUUAGAUCCUAAAAACGAAUUAGCUGACAAACAAAUAUCAUUCCUCAAAAAGCUAAGGGCUGAAAAUUCGAGUGAAUAUCGCAUUAACCAAUACAAAAGAAAAAAAGUGGAUAUGAAAUAUGAAGAAGGAGGCAUACGUGGAAUACUACCUACAUUAUGGCUUAGUGAAAUAGAAUAUCGAACCCGAAGACCUAUCUCCCACCUAUUUAAUAUGAUAACUGGAACAUCAACUGGUGGUAUCGUUGCUGCUGGACUAUCUGCACCGUCCCAUGAGUAUCCAGAUUUUAAGCCAAAGUUUUCGGCUUCAGAAUUAUUGAAUACCUACCAAGAUCAUACAAAAAAAUUAUUCACCAUGAAUAAAGAAUGGAAUUCAAAAGCAAAGUAUAUAAACGAAGGUCACUCUAACCUAUUUGAGGAAUAUUUUGGACAAACGAAAUUGAGUCAUGCACUCACUGAACUGGUUAUUCCUGCAAUAAAUGAAGCUGAUUCAUCAGCAAUUCAUUUAUUUACACGCAAUGAUGCUCGUAAAGAUGAAUUAAAAAAUGAUACUUUUAUUGAUGCUUUAAUGGCUGCAACGUCUAUACCAACUUUUUUUUCACCCUAUGAGAUAAGGCAUGAAAGUCUUUUCAUUGAUGGAGGUAUGCAUAUCAAUAAUCCGGCAUUGACAUCUUUCAAUGAAGCUAUUCGAUAUAAUGUAGAAAGCAAAAAGAUUUUUAUACUUUCAUUGGGUACAGGAAGUUAUAUACCAGAUCCUUCAAAGCCAAUUCUUUAUAGAGAUAAAAAUUUUUGGGCAUCAAAUCAAUUUACUUUAUCUAAUGAUGAAAAUGAAGUUGAUCGUCAAAUGCACUUGAUGCUAAAAGAUAGAUAUCAACGAUGGCAAGUUUCAUUUGAAGACCCGAUAAAAUUGGAUGAUUUUGAAAGGAUUCCAUACCUCGUAGAAAUAGGUCAUCAGUAUUUAGAAGAGUUGUAUGAUUCAGAUGAAAUUCUAUUAACAAGUUGA